AUGGCAACUGCAGACGAUGGUCGCAACAGUCCUCGCGAAAUUCAGCAUAAAAAUGAUCUUCCACCAUUACACUCGAGACCGACAUCUUCUCAAAUAGGCAAUAAUAGUCUCAAAGCAAAACAAACGUUUUUAGAAUAUAAAAGUGAGAAUAAGAAAAUUGAAGAUCAGUCCCAACUCAAAACUAUGCCGACUACCAAUCGUGAUGAACGUCGCAAAUCAAAAAUGAACUUUGACUACUUAGCUAGAAAAGGUGAUGAUCCUACAGAGAUGCCAGCUCAAACAAACGAAAACUACGAUAUGGAACAUCAAGACAAUUCACUUCCGCUAAAAAUUUUCGACGGCACAAAAAAAGCAAUAAGUGAUGUUAGUGAACAGUCAAGGUCGUACUUUUGGAUGCGACGUAUCAAAGAAAUUUUUUUGCAAAUGGGAACAACUAAUGAGCCAUUUGUUGACUUUGACAUGUCAAUAGCAAGAUCUGAUAUGCUUACGACUUGUGAUGUCUAUAUACGAAACGAUUUUAGCAAACUCAAGAAAAAGGUAUGA